GGUGAAGCAAGAUGCCUUCACUCUUGCGACCCGAGCUGUCCUGUAUAUAACGACGUCGUUCUUCCCUCUACCCCCACUCUGAAAGAACAAAGAAGAGUUAACGAGAAUAGAAAUACAAAGAAAAAGAAGGUCGAAAUCACCGCAAAGGAUAUGCUACAAGUUGAAGAGACUCUAGACUAUCGGCGAGGAGAUCCUUUUGCCGACACUGCCGACCUUGCUUCAAACAUAGAGGCUCUGCAUCUAUACGAUUAUAAAGCGAUAUGUCCUGUGAAGGAGCUACAUGCUCGGGUCCCGGAGGAAACUGGGGCCGUCGAAGAGGUUGACGAAACAGAUUCCAUAGGGGACCUCGAGUGGAUGGAAGCAGUUGCAAACCCGUCUCGAUGGCUACAGGGUAGACCAGCCUUUUACUAUCCGACGGACCCGCGAUUGCCUUGGCACUUCAGUUGGAUAGACGACGGCAUGAUAGGAGGCAUGAGCGCUCCUGGCGAGCGCUUUCAUUACCCAGCUCUAGUCGACGCCGGAGUUGGUCUGAUUGUGAACUUAACAGAAGCGCCGAUUUCACCUCGCGGAGGGAGCGAUUUGAGGACAUUGUGUCAGCAUUGUGAUUAUAUGCAGGAAAUAUACUGCGACGAUAUUUUUGACGAUAUCAGGCCAUCCGAUGACCUGCAAGUCCUCUUCCUACCGAUGCCUGAUGGAUCGAUUCCAAGCUAUUCCCAACUUCGCCUCUUUAACACUCAUGCUCGUGAUUUCAUUCGACGGGGUAAAAAGGUCAUCGUGCAUUGUCAGGCCGGUGUCGGGCGAACAGGCACGUUUCUCGCCAUAUAUUUACUGGAAAAGUAUCGAUGCACCCCAGAAGAAGCUUUGGCCCGGUUGCGUUGGGUCAGGCCACAAAGCUUGAGGUUCCAUCGCACAGAUUGGGCGGCGGAACCUUUCAGGGUGUUUGAAAACGAGCAGUAUAAUCAGAAUUUACUGCAAGAGAGGUUUGUUUAUAGAUAUUGGGCUAAGUUUAUUCAAGGGGAUGCAAUAGAUGAAGGGCUUAAUAAGGAGAAUGGAAAUUCGACGGAUAAUUCUAUUCCUAUGGACGAGAAAGAAGAUACAGAUAUAGAGCUGCAGAGUACUUCAUCACCAACCUCCUCUACCGAAGGGUCGAGUAACAGCGACGGAGGUUCUCAGCCGACGACACCAAGUUCCACAGCCGAGAGUGAUACCACGAGUCCUCUUAGCGAUGUUGCAAUGGUAUUGGGAGCCCUAGUGGACGCUGAGCUUGAUGCAAAAAUUGCCGCCUUUGAGAGUUAUCACCAGUCUCUUUCGACGAUGCAAGAGGGACCUACAGAUCCAGCUAUAGCCGCCUCUCUUUGUUACCCGUGUCGUGGAGUUUUAUCUGUGGGUCCCUUCCCCAUCCGAAAAGGCGGUGUAUGGCCAUCAGCAGCGGAGGAGUCGGCGUCAGAUGACAAGCUUGUUGGUGACUCUAGUACAGUCUAGUUUACUUCUAGUCACGGCGAGGGUUGAUAAUUGAUAGAACUGAACUUGGGAGGGGAGCUGCUGAGAGCGCGGAAAAUGUUGAGCGUAGUCUGUAGAUGAAUGAGGGAAGCUGUUGGACAAGUGGUCAACACUGGCGGCGGUCUCUUUGUUCAGAAAUAUUGUAUAUAGUUCAUUGAUAUGUAGAAUUAGCAGCACAACAAAACAUGUAUGUUUAUAUAUCCCAUUGUUACCAUCGACUAUCG